AUGCAUAAGAACAACAAGCAAGAUGUGAUAGAUCAACUGAAUCUCCCGCCAAGAAAUGCCAAUCUGACCACUUUGGAUUUUGCCCCGUUAGAGGAGAGGACUUACCAGAUUGGACUUGAAGUAACAAAGCAAGCUUUAAGUAGAGAUCUUCGAACAUCGACUAUUGAGGAAAAUCCGGAAACUCUCUUGAAAAAUCUCAAUCAAAAGCUGUUCACAAAAAUUUGGAGUCGAUUAUGUUACUUGAGAGCUUCAAUUGUGACAGGGACUGGCGAAGGACUUGGCUUGGGUAUAGUGCUGGGCAACAAGAGGGAGAAUGCUAAUGUCUUCUCACCGAGUCUCCUCUUUGCUCGCCUUCAUCUCCGUGGCCGACGACAUUUAAUGGACAAGAAUCGGACUCUGAUCGCAAAUCGGCAUGGACUCGCCGGGCUUCAUUUUCUCUUUGGGAAUCUCGAUGAAGCAUUCGAAGUCUACAAACAAGCUUGGGAU